AUUUCACAGGAUGUUCGGGUCGGAGCUUGGUGACUGGCGAAUAGCAUUACUCUCGCUUAGAAGAGACUAGCAUAUGCAGUGAGAGUCACUGACAAACCCCAUAAUCCUACUGUUAGGACCGUGUUUUAUCAAUUGAGGAGCACAUUUGAUCGCUUGCUUUAUUAACAGUUGAAUACAGGGUUAUUGGAGGUGUCCCCAUGGCGACGGACGAUGUGGCGCAGCUGGCCGACUCCUUGGCCAAGACCCAGGUGGUCGGAGGGGAACUGAGCUACAAGGGGAAAGGACUGAAACUGGACAAUGCCGAAUCGGUUGAACAUAUUGUCAAAGAAAUCAAGGAGUUCCAGGGGCUACAGGCUCUUCGGCUGGAGGGGAACACGUUUGGGGUGGAGGCUUGCCAGGCCAUUGCCAAGGCCUUAGAGGACAAGAGCGACUUUGAAUGCUGUUACUGGAGCGACAUGUUCACGGGCCGUCUGCGCGCAGAGAUCCCUCCCGCCCUGAAUUCCCUUGGUGCCGCCAUCACAACCUCCGGUGCCCACCUCCGGUCCCUGGACCUGAGUGAUAAUGCCUUUGGGCCCGACGGAGUCAGGGGGAUUGAGAAGCUCCUCAAGAGCUCUGCCUGCCACACGCUUCAGGAGCUCCGCCUCAACAACUGCGGGAUGGGCAUUGGUGGUGGCAAGAUCCUGGCAGCAGCCCUGACUGAGUGCCACAAGCAGUCCAGUGCACUGGGCGCCCCCCUCAGGCUGAAGGUGUUCAUUGCAGGCAGGAACCGACUGGAGAACGAUGGGGCCACAGCACUCGCCCAGGCCUUUCAGCUCAUGGGGAGCCUGGAGGAGAUCCAUAUGCCCCAGAACGGCAUUAAUCAUCCGGGCAUCACGGCCUUGGCGGGCGCCCUGCAGCACAACCCUCAACUGCGUGUGGUCAACCUCAAUGACAACACCUUCACUAAGAAAGGAGCUAUCGCCAUGGCACAGGCCCUGAGGCAUCUGCGUAAUGUACAAGUGAUCAACUUCGGGGACUGCCUGGUGCGCUCUGAAGGAGCGAUGGCCAUCGCCGACACUCUUGUGGAGGGCCUGCCUAUUCUCAAGGAGCUGAACUUGGCCUUUGGGGAGAUCACGGAGGACGCCGCUCUCAUGGUGGCACGCUCGCUACAGGACAAAGCACACCUGGAGAAACUGGACCUCAACGGAAACGCUCUGGGUGAGGAGGGCUGCAGCAAUCUGAAGGAGACUAUGGAGAACAUGAACAUGGGGGAUCUGCUGGGAUCUCUCAGCGAUGAUGAGGGAGAGCCUGAGGAUGAUGCCGACGAGGAAGAGGAGGAGGACGAAGAUGACGAGGAUGAAGAGGAAGAUGACGACGAGGAGGAUGAGGAGGAUGACGAAGAGGAAGACAAAGAGAACAGAGUCAACCAGAUGAGCACUCCAGCUUCAGAGCCCCGUCCUCCCGAUGUCUCAACCUUCCUGAGUUUCCCGUCGCCGGACAAGCUGCUCCACCUCGGCGCCAAGCGGGCACUACUCAUCGAACAGCAGGUGGAUGUGAAUGAUGCUGUUAAAACAGCGGAGGCCUUCCUGAAGAUCUCAUCGGUGUACAAAGACAAGGACGAGGAAGUCAAAAUGGCCGUGCUGGAUAGUGUUGACGCCAUUCUCAGGAAAGCCUUUUCCUGCCCCUCCUUCAGUACCUUCACCUUCAUGUCCUCGUUGCUUAUCAUGCUCGGCCUGCUGAAGAGUGAGGAGAAGGUGAAGCCGAUGAGGAUGGUGGCAGGUCACCUGCAGGCCAUAGAGCACGCCGUGCAGCAGGACUAUUUCCCCCAGGAACACAUCGCCGUGCUCGAUGCCUUCAUGUCACGACACAGCAAGGCCUGCGAGUCGUGCACUGGAGCCCGAGACAGUCUGAAGUCAACGCUGCAGAGAAUCAGGCCAGAGUGCUAGAGAUCUCACACACACACACACACACACACACACACACACACACACACACACACACACACACACACACACACACACUGGUGCCCAAGCCACCCCAGCCACACCAUGGUGAUGAGGAGCAGGGGCAAAUCAAGAUACCCAGAAACCCAUCACAGCCCCUGUGCCAGCCAGCAUAUCACAUCACGGGACACUAUGCCAGACGGGACAGGAAUCACCAGAGCUCAUAACGCUCGUUUGAACUGAUCCAUUUUGGGACUGAAAGCUGAGACAACAGCAUGCAGUUAUUGGAGACAGUUUAAUGAAAAAAGAGAAAAAAUAGGUUGGACCAAAAAAAAAAUAACACUUUUAAAAAUGAAAUACAGAUUAAAAAUGUAAUAAAGAAUAUUUAAAUGCUUUGUUGAUGACUAAUAAGAAUAACAAACAUGAAGGGA